UGUGACCUUGAAAGAAAAAAAUGACGACUAAUAAUUACUAAUAUCACUGUACAAAUGUUUCUUAUCACAAACAGGGAAUCGAUCAAAAACUCGAAUCUCGGUUACAGUUUAAUUUAAUUUGUAUUUUUGUAUAUAAGCCAAAAAGAAAUAUUAAAUAUACAUCAAUUUAUAUCAGUCUAUAUCAAGCCGUUUCGUCCUUAACAAAAUUAAUUGCCAAAUCGCAACAAUAUUUAAAGUCAAAUCGAGCCAAUCGCAUUUAUAUGUUGAUCGUCAAGAUCUAUAAUCCGCAUUAAUACCAAAAUAUAUUUUGCCUAUCAACUGACUGUAUUAGUUUAUGUAUGGACACAUUGAAGAAGUAUUGCAGUAAUUGAUGAACGGUCUUUAAAAUUUUAUUUUUAAUAAAAGAUUGUGAAGGAUAAAUUUAAAAACAACAUGGCUAAUAACUAUCAAGAAAGUAAACAGUGUCGGGAUUGCGGAUAGAGUGUUUUUGAAAUAAAAAACAGUCUUCAGUGGUAUUUGUGGAUCUUAAUUUUUUAACAUUUCCUGACUCGGAAAAUUUUCCGUGGUGAGGAAAAUUCAAACUGUGAUUUUGAGGCAAAAAGUGGAAAGAUAAGCGGACAAAUAUAGCUACUACCUGUUCUUGUCAGGGAGCAAAAGAGGAAAGAAACUAAAGGAUUUUUGGCGGGAAUCUGAGUGUGGCAGGAGAAAAGAGUUUAGAAAUUGAUGUCCAUAAGUUCCGAAUGCAAAACACACAGAGCCCCGAGUAUGUUGAUAUUUGGAGUACACGAAGGAGAAAGGGUCGCGAUAGAUGUGCCUAUUGGUUCCACGGUGGGGGAGGUGAAGAAAAUGAUACAGGUCAAACUUAACAUUUAUUUUGAUGAUCUGGUAAAACAAGACAAGAAAGUUCUGGUGGUGUCUUAUGCCGGAUCAGAUCUGAACGAUGCAUGGAUUUUUACGGAUUUGGGGAUUGUACCUGGGUCAACUGUGAAAGUCUGCAUGAAAGAGGAGGUCAAGCCAGUCCUGUUUGUGAAAUGUUCACACAGUGGUGAAGUUAUUGAGAUUAUGGAUGACUACUUUGUUGAAAAGCUUCUGGUUGACGAUCUGAGAACAAUGGUGUCCAAGAAAUCCGGACUACCGGUUUCUAUUUUUAGAUUAGUUUCACGUGAUAAUUUGGAAUUGUUUGACAGACAUGUUCUGUUCGAUUACAGUAUAGAAUGUGGAGACACUGUUUACAUGGAGAGUUGGGACGGAUGGACAGAGCUGAUAAAUUACAGCAUAUUGGGAUUGACACCUAGCGUAAUGCCUUUGAUUGUAUCAGACGAGAUACAGUCUCGAUUUCAACUCAAAGUAGUGUUAUACAUAGCCGCCCAUUUUGGAUGCGUAGACUUGGCACGCACUUGCAUAAAAUCGGGAAUCCGUCCAGAUGAGCCGAUAGGUGAACAUCCUAGUAGACAAUGGUGUAAAGAACAGUCACACACUGAGACAAUGAGGUCCGCCGUGCACGAAGCCGCCGAGUUUGGACAGCUUGGAGUAUUAAGACUUUUUGUGAAUACUGAUAUCACUUGCUCAAUGGCUAGAGAUGGCCACAGUCUAACACCGCUCAAUCUGGCCCUUCGAAAUAAACAGCGACCGUGUGCCUCUUUCUUGUUGACAAAGCAGUGGGUUCGAGUCCCCGUGACUCGUAGCCAAUCUAUGACCUUGCAAACAUUUAGAAGAAUCAAGCUCUGGUGCGAAAGAUGUAAGGAAAAAGCAUUUAUGAAGUUUGGCCCUAACAAGUCUUCUCUAAAGCGUCGUUCUUUCAACACUGGGCCACUUGUAAGCCACGGUGUCAUUGUGGACGGGUAUUCAGUCAGUCCAAUGAACGGAAAAUCCAAAAAUGUACAAAGUAUGAGGGACCGAAGACGACAAGCAAAUGAAAAUAACAACUCGACAUCGGAAAGUGACGGAGAUCCUGAAUCGUAUUUCAAACACUUGACGGCAGUUCAGACUUACGGUCCCAAAUUCCGGCAAAAUACUCGUUGGGGUAAAAUGGUCGGGCGGUCAAGCGUCGGUGCAAUGCUGGGUGCCGGCCUGAAGAAUGUCUUGAAGGGAGAUAAACCUGACGGUCAAGAGAGAGAAGAAUCCCCGGAUGGAGGCGACGUUAAAGAUUCGAAUACAGAUAAAGAUACAAAGCUUCCUCCUAUUAUGGAAAAGGCCAGGAUUAACAUGACUUUAUCUCAGUCACAGCCUUCUGUUGCUCAUGGCAAUCCCGACGAAGAAAAAUUAGAUCCAGCUGAAAAGUUGAGUGUCGUUCCGGAAAAAGGCCGAAAAUAUAUCCGCACCGGUGUAAUUUCACGAGCGAAAACUACAGAUAUGAGCGCAUCUAUGCCAAACAUGAAAGUAAAAUCCACAAGCGAAAAUAAAGAGAAUAAAGAGCCCAAAGAGCCAAUUAAAGAAAGAGAUAGAGGUAGCCUAACUUCGGCAAAAUCCGAUAAAACCAUGGAAAGGGCUGGAACGUCCAUGUCUCUUGCAAACAAAAAGAAGAAAAAGCUCUCAGCCGCCAUGUUACUGCAGCAAGGUAGGAAAUCGAAAGCGGAAGGGGCUGUUCCACUUCCGGCAAUCAGCACGGAGCACGAUCUUCGGCCAUUUUUUUACCACAAUGGUGUGCGCGAGGACGAUAUUGUAAUUCCAAUGAUGAAUCUUGUAACACAAUAUCAAGGCACAGAUGCUAGAGAUAGAGCAGUAAAGUCUUUAGCCAUUGCUAACACGUUUAAAGAAAAGCCAUGGCUGAUGCAGGUGCGCAUGGCGAUGAGUCUGACGUCAUCGACGUUAAAGCGUGAGGUCACUAACUUACGUCACAGUUUUAACGAAGUUUCAAGGCAUGAGCGCCGGAGUGGAAGAACGGUAAAAAGUUUAAACGCGUAAAUUAAUCAAGUUUGAUUGGAUGGCAAACUUCCUUUCAAUCCAAAUUAUUACUGUAGUACGGAUAUGCAAAUGUAACAAAAACUAGACAACUUGUCCCUGAUUUGUAGAAGCUCAGACUUACAGACGAUGUUAAUUAGGAGAUUAUACACGUGCAUUUUUACAUUGUGAUUCAGCCGUUUUGCUUCGCACGCAUGCUAGAUAAAAUUCACGCUGUUUUUGUUUGAAGAAAAAACAACAACAAAAAAACGGGCAUGCAAUGCUUCACAAAUAUAGUGUUGCGUUCACAUUAACACGUGUACACUCUUAGAAAAAAUGUAUACGUUAUUAAAUAAUGAUAAAAGUCUUUUAAUAAUGUCUGUCUAACUAUCAAGUUCUGUAUUUCAAGGUCUUGUUUUUCGGUAUAUCUUUCCAACUUCUAAACAAACAAACGAUUGUAUAUAAAUAGUUGUAGAUAAACAGAACUGAUAUGUUUAAUGUUAACAGUUCUUUUAUUGAAUAAACUGUUUUAGUUCAGUUAUGGUUAAUUAACAAUGUUGCGUGCAGCAUAACACUUGUAACAAUAGAGAUUAGAUUUUGAAACAGUUAUUUUCGUCCGUAGUUAUUAAAUGUUGAUAUUGUUGAUUUGCAUAAUUUAUUUAAGAUCUUUUUUCUUUACUGUGAUACAAUAAGAAUUAUGUUUGUGAUAUAUUUGUAAUGAUUUGUGAUAUAUUUGUGAUAUUUCAUUUAACAUUUAAUCUGUUGUAUUUACUAACACAGUGAAAAAAUAAAUUUUUAAAUGUA